AUGGAUGCUCCCCCCUCCUAUGACUCCGUCGUCUCUGCUGACCGCGGCAGCACCAGCGUAGAUGCUUCGGGUUAUGCAACGCUGGUUCGCAGUUUAUCUAGGCGCCUAGGACUGGAUGCUAUACAAACGCUGAAAGAGUCUAUUGAUGCGCUGCUGGCAUAUGGAGGCUCUAAUAGUGACGACCCCGUUGUCUCUACUGGUGGCCAAUUUUCAGCGCCGGUGGUAGCUGCAAGUUCGACAUCAUUCGUCAACCGCAUGCUUGCGAUCCUAUCCGCCGCCCUAGGAGAACCACAGAUUGAGACAGAGCUCGGGCUGUCGGAAAGCUUUAGAGCCGUGCAGGAAGAAUACGACCGCCUUCUACUUGAAUCAAAAGAAUUCGGUGCCUUGGUUAACAAUUGUGCACUUCGAUUUCAGACCGACUUCGCCCAAGAUACCUAUCCCAACAAAGAUAGAGAAAUUGAAAUGAAGUCUUUUAUCCAGGAAGCAAGCCAGUUGUCUGAAAACAACCACGAACUGAUCGAAUCUUUGAAGGCCUUAAAGAGCAACCUCAAUGACAUUGCGAUUACUCUAAGACAUGGAGCCAAUGAGGCUGCCGCUUCUUAUAAAUGGGAACGAGAAGAAAGUAGGGCGAAGAUAAAGGCACUCGAUAGAAAGCUGGCCAAGUUACAAGACAGGCCGCAAAUUACAGUCGACUUCGCGAAGAUGUUUGGCGGUGCACCAGCGGCACAUGAAGCAGCCAUUAAGAAAGCAACAAAAGAACAUCACGACCUAUGUGCUGAGGAGGACAAACGCCUACCCCUCCUCUCUGCUCAUGCUGAUCGUAUCUCUCAUCUCGAAGAGCUAUCAAGACACCUAAGAGACGUUGUCACCGUCGCGUUCGUCCACAAUAUUGCCACCAUUCUGUGGGUAUGGAAGGACACCCUGCAUCGAGCCUCGCUGCUGAGAGAUUUCUGUGGAGUUACAGUGUAUCGGAAUCCGACACCGACACCUUUCGAGCAGACCUUGAGCGACGCCCUUCAACGAUUCCUGGAUGGUGGAUCCGCUUGA